AUGGCGGCUCAAUUCACCGACGAAAAUAUCCAGGAACUCAAGUUCCGCCUGGAGGAUGCCGCAAUCAAAUGCUCCGAGCGUUGUUUGUAUCAAUCCGCGAAAUGGGCGGCGGAAAUGCUAGAUUCAAUCCUUCCGAUUGAUCAAUAUGACACGGACCCCGAAUCGCCGAUGGAUAUCGCCGAUGCUCCUGCGACCCCUCCGAACCCUUACCUCCGAACCCAGGACCCUGCCGAAGCUGCGCUGGAGGCACAGGAAUCUUACAAGUAUCUCUUGGCGAAGUCAUACUUCGACACGCGCGAAUACGAUCGUUGCGCCGCCGUCUUUCUUCCUCCGACGAUUCCCCCCGUGCCGCUAUCCACAACAUCCCCGAAUAAUCCCAAAUCGAGAGAGUCCUUAACACCGCAGAAGGGGAAAUCGAAGGCGUCGCCGUAUGCGGGGGUAAAGGAGAACAGCUCGACGCGCAACCCAUACCCCAGACUUAGUCAGAAGGCCCUAUUUCUGUCGCUGUAUGCGAAGUAUCUGGCCGGAGAGAAGCGCAAGGAUGAGGAAACCGAAAUGGUGCUGGGUCCCGCGGACGGUGGAACAACGGUCAAUCGCGAGCUACCGGAUAUCGCGCGGGGAUUGGAGGGAUGGUUGACCGAACGUCGUGAGAAGGGGCAGGGAGAUAGCAGCCAGGGGUGGUUGGAGUACCUCUACGGUGUCAUCCUUCUUAAAGGGCGAAACGAAGAGGAAGCGAAGAAAUGGCUUAUGAGAAGUGUUCAUUUGAACCCAUUCCACUGGGGAGCUUGGCAGGAGUUGAAUGACCUGCUUGCGAGUCCGGAAGAUCUGAAACAUGUCAUUGAUAUCUCCCCGCAGAAUAUCAUGACGCUUAUCUUCCAUGUGCAUUGCAGUCAGGAGCUGUACCAGGCCACGGAGGAGACAUAUCAUGCCUUGUCGGAGCUCGAGACCAUAUUCCCUACCAGCGCGUUCUUGAAGACCCAGCGAGCCCUACUAUACUACCAUUCAAAAGACUUCGAGGAAGCAUCGCAUAUUUUCACAGAAAUACUCAUCACCUCCCCCCACCGCCUCGACAGUCUCGAUCACUAUUCCAACAUCUUAUACGUUAUGGGCGCGCGCCCGCAGCUUGCUUUCGUCGCGCAGGUUGCAACCGCUACCGACAAGUUCCGACCCGAAACAUGCUGUGUAGUCGGAAAUUACUAUUCACUAAAAUCCGAGCACGAAAAAGCAGUCAUGUACUUCCGUCGCGCCCUCACUUUGGACCGUAACUUCCUCUCUGCCUGGACCCUCAUGGGCCACGAAUACAUCGAAAUGAAAAACACCCACGCCGCCAUUGAAUCCUACCGUCGAGCCGUCGACGUCAAUCGCAAAGAUUACCGCGCGUGGUACGGUCUCGGUCAAGCCUACGAAGUCCUCGACAUGUCCUUCUACGCCUUAUUCUAUUACCAACGCGCCGCCGCGCUUCGACCCUACGACCCGAAAAUGUGGCAAGCCGUCGGAUCCUGCUACGCCAAAAUGGGCCGCAUCGAGCAGAGCAUCAAGGCGUUGAAACGCGCCCUUGUCGCGGGCUCAUAUUACGCCGACGAUACCGCCUCCAACGCCAGCGGCAUGCCCGUGGCAUCUAGCCGGAAGAUCCUCGACCCCGAAACCCUCCACCAGAUCGCCACGCUCUACGAACGACUCGGCGACGAAGACGAAGCGGCCGCGUACAUGGAACUUACGCUGCAGCAAGAAACCGGCCAGGUGCCCGUUGAAGAAGAAUACGAAUCUUCGGACAAUGAGAAUGACGAGGAAAACGACGACGAACGAUCCGCCACCGGCGAGCGCUCAGGCCGUCGUCGCGCAGGACACGGCAAUUCUAUGGCCAGUCAGAAUAAUGAGGACGACGAUACAUGGCACGGGACCGGCGUUACGGCGACUACAUCUAAGGCUAGAUUAUGGCUUGCACGGUGGUCGUUACGAACCGGGGACCUUGAGCGCGCUGAUCAGCUAGCGAGCGAACUGUGUCAGGAUGGGGUUGAGGUUGAAGAAGCAAAGGCAUUAAUGAGGGAUGUCAGGGCUAGACAGGAGGGUGAUCAAUCUUGA